AUGGACCUCGAGUCGACAGAAUCUGAUGGACAUCCUUGGGGUACGUCAAGCACAAUUGCCUCGCCGGAACUCUUAGAUAUUGAACUUCAGCUCGCCCCUGCUAUCCCCGACUCCCAGGAGGAUACUAUGACUGUUAUCUCGCAAGAACGGUCUAACUCCUCCAUGGAUGUUAGGUUAAGCCAGUCAGAGGCAGAUCUCCUCAAACAAAAGAGCUAUUCUGUGACUCUGGAAAACCGAAUAUCUGAGCUCAAAAGAAGAAACGACGACUUGGAACAUUGCAUUAGCCUUGCUAGCUCAGCCCAGGGUAAUCAUGAGGAGGAAACUCGGCUUCGAGAGGUUAUAUCUAGUUUGAAAAAUAAGCUUGACCGAGAACAACUUCUUACGAAGAACUACAGGGAACUGGAAGCAGACAGGCUUGGAUUUCUCAAUACCUCUCUCCGGGCAGAGUAUGGAAAUAUGCACUCAAACAUCCGAGACACGUCUUCAAUGAUUUGUCAUCUGAGUUUGGACGACACCCUCCCUGAACAGCGAACGGGCUUUGCUUACCUGGCAAACAAUUGGGCUAGACGCAUAGGCGGACACGAUCUAGGCUCUCUUCUCGGCCACUGUGAGUCAGAACAGAUCCCGAAGAGAUUCAUUUUGGUCUCUCUGCUGGCGGCAGGCAUCUUCGAACUCGUUCUCGAAGAGGUAUUUCCAGCCUUCCUGGCUGCUGACUCGCCACUCCUAGACCAGUACAGAAAGCAUAUCGAAACUCAAAGUAAGCAUACCGUUCUCUUCACACUCACCCUUGCCUGUUGCCUAGAGACCGAGUUAACAAGACCAGGUGGACGGAACGCACUCCAACGGCUCGAUGUUAUUUCUAUAAAGUCACUCGUAUCAGACAAGGAUGUUAAAAAGGGGAUUAUUUCAGAAAGGUCCAACAGGCUCUCCAGCUUGAUGCUGCAAAAUCUAAGCUGCUUUUUGCCCUUGGAAAGUCGGGACAUAACCCAACGCUCACCUCAUAACGAACUAGAGACGGAGACUAUUAGCGACAUGAGAAGUACUUUGCAUCAUGCGUUGAAACUCAAGAUUGAGCUUAUGCUGUCUGUAAAACGGCUUAAAUAUCUCUUCUUCAGGCCCGGUACACUAUUCGACGCGGGGAAAAUGGACGUCGUUAAAUCCCAAGCUGGAGACACUGCACUUUUGGGUCAGGAGGUUAAGAUCUGCCUAUUACCCGCUCUUUUUACUAUUCCAGAGGCAGGCAACGAGACUGGAGUUGAGGAGGAGUCAGGUUUCAAAGCAAACUACAAUAAGGCUUUGGUAGAAGCAACAGACGAGGAUAUUGAGUCUCUGGUUCUUGUGGAAAAGGCAAUUGUAUUUCUUUAG